CCUCGUCCGUCGCACAGCUGCUGGUGCGCCCGCCGUCCACGCCGCCGCCGUCCACGCCGUCUCUCGCCGCCGUCCAAGCUGUCUCUCUCGCUCGCCCGCUUCUUCCCCAGGCUGCGGCCUCGGACGCCCCGCCCGCGAUGCCUUAGCCCGCGCACGGCGGCCCUCACGCGCCGCACCUUCAUGGGCAGCUGGACGACCCGCGACGCCGCCGACGCGCCCGGCGCACACAGUCAGAGUUCGCCAGGCCCGUCCGCCCGCCCCGCCGACUUCUACCGCGCCACGCCGGUGCUGGACCGCCGCGUGCACAUCCUCGGCGUCGGCAAUGUGGGCACCUUCAUCGCGCAUGCUAUCCGCGGCGUGCCCAACCCGCCGCCCGUCACGCUGCUGUUGCCUAGCUUGGGCCGGCUCAAUGCCUGGCGCGACUCGCCGCAGCGCCUGGCCCUGGUCACCGACGGCGACACGGAGCUGCGCGACGGCUUCGACGCCGAGCUGGCCAUCCCGCGCCUGCGCUUCCACGGCAAGGAAGUCGACCUGGCUGCCGCCGACGGCGCGCACCAGCCGCUCGACGGCGAGGCCACCACGCCCAUCAGCUCGCUGGUCGUGUGCAGCAAGGCCCCCGUCGUGCUGCAGGGCCUGGCCGCCGUGCGCCACCGCCUGACCAAGGACUCGGUCGUGCUGUUCAUGCAGAACGGCAUGGGCAUCGUCGACGACGUCAACCGCGAGAUCUUCCCCGACCCGGCCACCCGCCCCCACUACAUGCUCGGCAUCAACUCGCACGGCCUGCACGCCCUCCCCGCCACCCCCUUCACCACCGUCCACGCCGGCUUCGGCACCAUCGCGCUGGGCAUCCUGCCGCACGAGCGCGACCGCAACCCCGCGUCGCCCUACGCCCCGCGCGCCCCCAUGCUCCCGCACACCGCAAACACCACUCCCCCUCCCCCUCCCCCUCCUCCCCACGACCCCUCCUCCCCCCCGCCAACCCCCGCCUCCACCCCCUGGACCCCCAACGCACGCUACCUCCUGCGCACGCUCCUGCGCACCCCCUCACUAUCCGCAACCCCCUUCUCGCCCCCCGAUCUCCUACAACUGCAACUCGAGAAACUCGCCGUCAACUGCGUCAUCAACCCGCUCAGCGUGCUGCUCGACGCCCGCAACGGCGCGAUAUUAUACAACUACGCACUAACCCGCACCAUGCGCCUCCUGCUCGCCGAACUCAGCGCCGUCAUCCUCAAGUUGCCCGAGCUCGCGCACCUCCCCAACGUGGCCUCGCGCUUUGCGCCGGGCAGGCUCGAGACGCUGGUUGUUGGUGUUGCGCAGAGGACGAGCGGGAAUGUGAGUUCGAUGCUCGCGGAUGCGCGGCGCGGGGUGCAGACCGAGGUUGAGUGGUUGAAUGGCUGGGUUGUGAGGAAAGGGGAGGAGGUUGGGGUCCAGGCGGUGGUUAAUUUCGCGGUGGCGCAGUUGGUGAAGGGGAAGGUGCAGAUGAUUGCGCUGGAGAGGGGGGAGGGGGUGCCGUUUGGCGAGGGCGUGGAGGUUUGGGGGGGUGUUGCUGGGGUGGGGGGUGCGAGUGGUGAGGCUGCGAGUGGUGAGACUGCGAACGCUGGGUCGGCGAGUGCUGAGACUGCGAACGUUGAGACCGCGAACGCUGAGACUGCGAACGUUGAGACUGCGAACGUCGAGAAGCAGAGUGUCGAUACGCCGAGUGUCGAUGCACCCUCCACUGGCCCCGCGCCUCCCGAGCCCCCGCUCACCGAGAGUACAUCGAAGUUGUAACAUUACUAUAGACAAAUGGAUGAUUUCAUGUAUAGCCACGUAUAUCCGGGUGCUAGUGCUUG